AUGGAUAAUGUCCAGUAUAAACACAAGGAGCAGGUAGAUCAAAUGGCGAAGGGUGAAGGGGAGGAGUUGAAUGAAAGUCAAUAUCUGAUUUUUUUGAAAAGUUUACAUGAUGAAACGCUAAUAUCUCACAUCAAUGGCCUUACUCAAUCGCAGGGACAGAAUGAACUAUCAUUUCAAGAGGCUUCCACGCCUAAAAGAUUACCCUCAAUACUUAGUUCUGCUAGUACUGACCCGUUUAAUGAUGGGUUGGAUGAGGAUAUCUUGAACUUGGCUGAAAACGAGCAAAAUCAAGGUAGAGAAGCUGUUGAUGAUAGCAACCAAGUCGCGUCUAACUCUGCUUCUACUCACUCUAAUCAUCUUAACGAAGUUGAUGGCGAAUCAUCCGAAAGUGAAAAGGAUGAAAGUGUUAUUGGUAAACUUCACGAAUUUGGUGAUUACCGCACAUAUUUUGACUCCAAACGGAUGAAACAACAAAGACAAGAUGAGGCUUAUGUCAAAUGGGAUCGAGAAAGAAGGAAACUUCAAAAUCAAAAUCUGCAGCCCCUGCCCAUAUUCUCUGGAUGUACAAUAUUUGUGAAUGGGCACACCAAACCAUCAAUCAACGAAAUACAUCGGUUGGUAAUUCUUCGUGGCGGAAAGUUCUUAAGCUAUUUGCCAAACAAAUCUAGUGCAACUCACAUCGUUUGUGAUCGUUUGACACCAAAGAAAAAAGUAAUGUUUAAGAAUUGCCGAGUGGUGAAAGCACAGUGGGUUGUUGAUUGUGUUGAGGCAGAUCGCCUUUUGGAUUGGCAGCAGUAUCGACUCAUUUUGGAUGUAGUGUACAAUCAAAAACAUCUAGACUUUCAACUGGAAAAUCCCGAAGCGGCUAAUGCGAACGAAGAUGAUGUAGAAACUCCUGAAGAUGGGCCAGCACCAGUUGAUGUGGUCAAAGAUGAAGCUGAAGCUGAAUUGGAAGAGUUAGACGAAGAGGAUGAUUUUGGGUCCACAUUGUUACCAGAUGAAGAAAAUGUGUUGCAAAAGCUGCAACAGUUUGAGAAGGGAGCUGAGGAGCAAAGAACUGGUGGAGAGAGCUUAAGUGAGGACAUUCCGGAGUUUCAAGUUACCCCUCUUUCUGGAUCUGCCAAGGGUGUGCACAAAGUGAAAGGAAGAUAUGUGUUAGAUGCAAGACAUCCUGACUUCUUAGCGGGUUUCUUUGCAAACUCAAGAUUGCAUUAUUUGAGUAUGUGGAAAGCUAAUUUAAGAUUGAAAUUUUUAAGAAAAAUCAUUAAGGAAAAUCUCCAUAAGCCAACACAAGAUCCGUUUCAUGGAAACAUUUCUGAGUCCAAAGUUAUAAUGCAUAUUGACUUUGAUUGUUUCUUUGCCACGGCAUCUUGCUUAAAGCACCCAGAUUUGGAUAUCAAUAAAGACCCAAUCGCUGUUGGUCAUGGGGGAAAUACGUCAGACGUUGCUAGUUGUAAUUAUGUUGCGAGAAAGUUUGGUGUCAGGAAUGGUAUGUGGUUGAGACUGGCGCAAAAGCUAUGUCCCGACUUGAUUUUAUUAAACUAUGAAUUUGAGGCGUAUGAGAGGUACUCAAGUGAGUUUUACAACUACCUCGUGAGUUGUAACUACUUUGACGCAAUAUAUCCGGUGUCUAUUGAUGAGGUUUUGGUUGAUGCGACAUCUUAUUGCAAUAAGUCAGAGAAGAGGGUGGAGGAAACGGUCAAGGAACUUAGUUCCUUAAUCAGAAAGCAUGUUUACCAACUAACAAACUGUAGUGUGAGUGUUGGGCUGGCCUCCAACGUCUUACUUGCAAAAUUGGCAUUAAGAAGGGCCAAGCCAGAUGGACAGUUUUCUUUAUUCAAUGGCGUUGCCGAAUUUUUGCGGUUGGUCCCGGUAAAAGAUUUACCUGGGGUUGGUAGGGGUAUAUUGGAGAAACUAGAGCCAGAAAUUGGAAAGUCGCCACCCAAGAUUGAAGACAUUUUGCCGAUAUCCUCUUCAAGAUUGAUUCAGCUUUUAGGUGAAAAGACAGGUACCAAAAUGUAUCAAUAUACACGAGGUAUAGACCACACCAGUAUCGAAAUCGACACCUCCAACCCCGAAGUUGUUUUAGGAAGGAAGUCCAUUUCUGUUGAUGUAAAUUUUGGUAUUCGAUUUGAUACAGUUGAGGAGUUGGAUGACUUUUUUAUGAGGUUGGCAAAGGAAUUGUACCAAAGAAUGAUUAAUUUGGGUGUGUGUGGCUCUACUUUGACUCUAAAACUAGCAAAAAGAAGAGCUGGUGCAAGUGUUGUAACUGCCAAAUUUCUAGGUAUGGGAGAGGUUGACUUUACCAAUAAAUCAUCGAGACUUGGAGUGGCAACUAACGAUUGGGGAGUCAUAGGAAGUGAGAUAAAAGUAUUGUACAGAAUGCUUAAUACACCUGUCCAGGAUUUGCGAGGUAUAUCUGUUAGUAUGACCAACUUGAAAGAGGCUGAAUCAGUCAAGAGCUCAAAGCAAAUGAAAUUACCGUUUGGAGCUGUGAGUCGGGAUCCUAGUCCAAGCAAAGAUUUAAUGUCUUUUCGCAGUCCAAGAGAAGAUCCUUUUGAGGGUCCGAUUAAGAGAAACUGCCCUAACGAAGGUAGUGUCAGUUUCGCGAAGCUACCAUUUGGUCCUCGCCGCAAGAGGAAUACCCCAACAAAUUUUCUAGAUCCAUUUGCCGAUGGACAACAAAUAGAUUGGGAAGUAUUCGAGUCUUUGCCGUUGGACAUUCGUCGUGAGUUGGAAAGCGAAUUGAGAAGAAGGGAUCUUUUGAAGGAAAAAAGUCCAGGUAAGGGAAAAGCCUACUUACAGCAGCUAAUUCCGACUCAAGGAGGUACUGCAAAAUAUGUUCGAAUAAUUGAAUCGCCAACGAGGCCACUACCAAAGAGAAAAUCUACGCCCGUUGCUUCCCCUGUGAAGAAGCCUAAACCGGAAUCUGUUUAUGAUGACUCACAGUCAUAUGAUUCGUCUUUAUUGAAUCAGUUACCAUCUUCGAUCAAAGCUGAUGUCCUAAAGGACAUAGAGUACAAGCAAAAGAUUAAAAAAUUCGACUUAGUGCCUAUGCGUGCUAAGGUUACCCGAAAGGUUGAGAAGGCUAAGGUCGAGGUUAAAGAAGUGACUCCUCAGUGGACAAAACAACAACCUAAAUUGUUCGGCUUGCCUUUGUUCUUAAAUAACCAGGUAACUGCUUCUGAAUUACGUUACAAAGUCAGAGAUUGGGUAAAUACAUCCUUGAAUCAAGGGGGUCCACAUGAAGACGACGUGGUCUACUUUGGAACAUAUUUGCAAAAAUUGCUUGAAAGGGGUCUAUUUAAUAAGGCAGUGAUGUUGGUUCGUGAUAUCUUGAAUAUCUUAACGUACCAAAAGACUGUUAAUAAUUGCAUAGAUGAAAAUAAUGUAGAUAACCAACUUAUGUUUUUCAUGAUUGGAAGCGAUGAUUGGUAUAAGCAAGUAGAUGCUAUUUUAAAACCUAUUGUGGGAAGAUACUGCAAAGAGAAUGAUAUAGUAAUAAAAUGGUGA